GUCCCAGCGUUGCCCGGGUGAGGGCUCUGCCUGUGCCUCUGAAGCAGCGUGAUUGCUGUAGAUAGAGCAACGCUCCUUCCAGUCCUUCCUGCGAUGCUGUGUAGGCUUCUCUUCUGGAUCCUGGAUAAAGUUUCCAGGGUGUUGGGAAGGCCUGCGUCUCAGGUCACAGUUGUGGGUGUGACCCUGCACUGUUCUACGGAACCUACCUCCCCACUGGGCGUGGGCCAGUUUUCCUCUUUUAUGGGCCGUCCUCAAAGGCACUCUCAGGACAGACGGCGUGGGGAGCACAGAGGAGGCUGGCAGAGCUGGGGACUCGGGGCAUUGUUGCUAAUUCCCAUUCGCCUGGGCAGCCGGCCACAGAUGCACAGGUCCCAGGUGCAGGCCGCCACCUCCGGGUCGGCACCAGGACUGCCCUCGGUGCUCAUAGGGAACGGCUCGGCCCACGGAAGGUCGGCCUGGCAUGUGGCCUGGGACCGCUGCUCUGCUGGCUGCUGUGUGGAUGCUCUUCCUGGAGCACUUUCCAGAGCAUCCCCCAGCCCCGAGCCUGGGCGCAUCCGUCACUCAGGGGCUUUCUAUGGGUGUUUGUAGGGGAAGGCCCUGACUUUGUAUACCCCACAAGUAGCACUGAGUUUCUUAGGAAAUUCGUCUUCAGUAUUAGGUCUUAAAGUCUUGUAAAAAGUUUAUGUGUAGGAUAAAAACCUUUUAGAGAACAUGUAGGCGGUACCACUAAGGUUUUGCUAAUGAGCCAUUCAGACCCACAGCAGUGUGAAGGUGUGUCAAAUUGUAUAUUCUCGUGGCUUGGCAUUCUCAGUGCAAAGGGCUGUUUGGAGACUCUGUGGGAAUUGCUUUUCAUCUGUUUCUAUGGUUGUCAAAUGAAUUCUUCACCCACCCUGCAGUUUGUGAACUCCUUGAAGCUAUCAAAUUAGUAAGAGAGGCUGCCCACACCCGGGAGGCACCAUCACCCACUUACUAUUUGGUUCUGCGGAUACUCAUGGAACAUCUAUCACAUCCAGCAUUGUCCCAGUGUUUUGAGUUGGACGGGAAUGGGACUCUGCAGCCAAGCGGGAUAAGAAAAUCUCGCAAUCCCGUCCUGCACUGAUAGAAACAGGUCGGUCUGCAUUAUAAGCCAUUGGUGGAGCAUUCAGUAGCCUAUUCAGACUGCAUGGGCCGGCCUAGGAGUCUUUGUCUUCAUACAUUUUAAGAACCCCGCCCACAACAGGGAGUUAAACUGGGAGGACCUUUGCAUGAUUAGUUCAGGGAUGUGUGGGCUUCUGGGGCAAUGGAGAACGGGUCAGGCCUGUGCUGGGGACAGUGUGCCCAGAAAAGGGAACGUGGUACUCACUGGAUGUACCCAGGCCGGCCCGAACCUCCCGCCGUGGACAGUGCGGGAGAGAGUGAGCCUGAGCUGCCCAAGGCGAUGCCCUUUGUGUGUAUGACUGAAGGCCUCUCCGCGUGGGUACUUGGGGGUGGGGCCACAAAUCUGGCGAAAAACUUCAUACUGGCCGCCGUGGGGUUUCUCUUCUCCAGCGUUCCAGCCGUUGUCAUGGCGGGUCUUUGUCUGAAACUGAGAAGAAGAAGAGCAUUCCUGUUUGAUCACCGCCUUAGAUACCAGUUCUGGAUCAGUCAGUGUUUCUGCAUGGAAUAACAACCAUUAAAAAAAAGUGUUGGAUUCUGCCCUUUCAUCUUUGUAAGCGAUUCUUGCCUCUAGCAAUGACGUCUGGUGAUGUCUCACAGUAGAGCACUUAGUGCAGAAUCAGGUCCCCACGGCUGUUGCUCAAUAAAAGUGGUGGAAUAAAGUGCA